AUGCAUGGCAACUGCUUCUCAGAAGGCAUCCUGACUGCCCCUGUCAACUACUGGAUCUCAGGUCUGGCCUUCCCGGAUUGGGCCUACAAAGCCGAGUCUUCGCCAGGCUCGAGGCAGAUCCAGCUGUGGCACUUCAUCCUGGAACUGCUGCAGAAGGAAGAGUUCCGCCAUGUCAUUGCCUGGCAGCAGGGAGAGUACGGGGAGUUUGUCAUCAAGGAUCCAGAUGAAGUGGCUCGCCUCUGGGGCCGAAGGAAGUGCAAACCACAGAUGAACUAUGACAAGCUGAGCCGGGCCCUCAGGUAUUACUAUAACAAGAGGAUCCUACACAAGACCAAAGGCAAGAGGUUUACCUACAAGUUCAACUUCAGCAAGCUCAUUGUAGCCAACUGUCUUCCUCCGUGGAAAGUGUGGGCAUCCUCCGCCCCCCACCUGCUGUUGAGGCCCCCUGCCCUGUGUCAGCCAGCCUUGGUGCCUGUGGCUGAGCAGAGUGAGCCCUCCUGGUCUCCAAUGUUCUAUAUUCUAGUCCUGUACACACAGGCCACAGAAACUCAACCAGCUGGAGAGAGGACACCACGGGGACCACCAGAGGCCUCUGGGGACAAGGAGAGCAGCAGCUUCAACUGUUCUGGCUCUGUCCUGGGCCCAGGCUGGCAGAGUCCUUGCUGCUGUUUCCGGAACCUCCCAGGUGAUCUGCCCGGCUUUGCUUCCUUUGCUUCUGUGCCCUGCCUCUGCUGUAACUGGACCCACCUCUCAGGGCCCAUCCUGCCUCCUCUUUCCUCAGAGCAGCCACUUUUGGGGUCCUCAAACCCUGGUCCUCAGCUCCCAGGCCCCAUGUGUAUUCCAGGUACAUGGCAUUUUCCAGGGCUCCACCUUCUGGCCAGGCUGAGACAGGGGACUAGUGAGGGGCUUCGGUGCCAGUUUCUCAGGCCAGAGGAAUCAGUAAGUUCUGGCCCAGGGCCAAGUAGGCACCUGGAUUCCAAUGAAGGGCUCUCCUCAGGGACUCAGAGACUCAAACUUGGGAAAGGAGUCCCCAUGUCCCCCAAUUCAGAAAACAUGAAACCCGUGUGGCCUUUGGAUCCCCCUUAA